GCAGUUCCGAUAGCAAUAAUGAAAACUUUGAUGAUCCUGCUAACUCUCCAGAUAAUGAUAAUCCUAAUGAUCCUAAUGAAGAAUACAAACCUAUUGCCAGGCCUAGUAACUUUUUGAAUAAAGCAUAUUAUACGCGGUCUCACACAAAAAAAGUUCCUAGUUUAUCUACAGCACUUGUCCAACCAACAAUUUUUGAAACAUUUAAUAAAAUUAUUAAAAAAACUAAUAAAGAAAAGCAAAAAAAAGUUGGUAAAGAAGGAGCCGAAGUUGAUAAAGAAAAGCAAAAGAAAGUUGGCAAAGAAGAAGCCAAAGUUGAUAAAGAAAAGCAAAAAGAAGUUGGCGAAGAAGAAGCUGCAAUUGAUAAAGGAAAGCAGAAAGAAAUUGUUG